GAUCGGUACGAGAAAGUUAGAAUCACGACAAAGCUGUGUUUCGUUUAUUCUCGUUUAAUCGGAAUCAAAAUUGGGUGUGGAGAAGAAUUUGAACGAAUCCUAGAUUUCUGAAAAAAAAAAACAAUCACAGAUCGGAAUCGGAAACGUAACCAUUACAUAAUUCGAAUCGGGUUUUCACUUGGGUAUAAUGAUGAGGUAUCAGAGAGUAAGCCCAGAUUGUCUUCCUCUUACAAAUGGAGGUAAGAAGCCAUACUUGCGACCAUCACCUUCAAGAGCAACAAACGAAGACACCACCGUCAUUACCACAACCUCCAUCGCCGGAAGAGGAUUUAACGGCGGAUCAUGCACAACCACCACCAACACCUCAUCUUUAGACGGAGUCCCCAAAGGAUUCCGAUUCAGAUCCACUCAACAACAACAACAACAACAACAAGAUCCUAGUCCUAGCCGUCGCGGCGGAGAUGUACUGUUACAGUGGGGACAACGAAAGCGAUCGAGAGCCUCAAGAGCUGAGAUCCGAUCCACCACCACAACUACCGCUGAUGAUUCUUCGUCUUCUUCAGGUCAAGGUAAGAUUCAAUCGAGUAAGCUCCAAAGAAGAUCGAUGAAUCCUUCUAUGCCACCACCACCACCAGCUCCGCCGAUUUUCUCUGGCCGGAGUACAAACCCUAGAAACGGUUUCGUUAUCGGCAAGAAAUCUUUCUUCCCUUCCAGGAAUCUAGAAGAUCGAUCAGCAAACGGAUCACCAUCAAGGAACAACAUCAACGGCCGUAUGAUAUCCAGAUCGGGUGGCUCUAAGCGAUCUCCACCGUCUCCUGACCAAAUCGAGAAGAGAUCAAGCGUUAGAGAUCACAGACAAAACGGGUUUGAUCAUCAACAACACCAAAGAGUGAACAGAUCAGAAUCAACGGCUCAGGGUCAUCCAGAAGUGGAGAUAAAUGGAGAAAGAGAGAAAGCAACGCAAGAGUGGCCAAGGAUCUACAUUGCUUUGUCUAGGAAAGAGAAGGAAGAAGAUUUCUUGGUUAUGAAAGGAACUAAGCUUCCUCAUAGACCCAGGAAACGAGCUAAGAACAUUGAUAAAGCCCUUCAGUUUUGUUUUCCAGGGAUGUGGUUAUCUGAUUUGACCAAGAACCGUUAUGAAGUUAGGGAGAAGAAACAUGUGAAGAAGCAGCAAAAACGGAGAGGAUUGAAAGGCAUGGAGAAUUUGGACACCGACUCUGAGAUGAGAUUCCGAAGAGAUCGCCUCGCCGGCGGCGAUAACAUUGAAAACGAAGCCUCAUGUUGCUACUGUGACCUCAAAAUCUCGAAUUUCAACGAACCCAUCUUCCGUCUCGGACGACGAUUCUCCGGAGUGAUGAAAGUCUGGUUCUCGAUCGGACACGGAUUCGGCGUCGCUUCUCUAAUCCUCGUCACCGUCUUCCUUCUCCUUCAGUUUCACCCAAACCCAUUAUUCUCCAAUCGUCUCACUUCCGCUGUAUUCGGAUUCUCUCCUUCCAUGCGUGUAUCAUUAUCCGGCAUUGCCUAUGUGUUCGUUUCCACUGUUAUUACUGUUUCAGUUCAUGAACUUGGUCAUGCUCUUGCUGCUGCUAGUGAAGGAAUACAGAUGGAAUACAUUGCCGUUUUCAUUGCAGCUAUAUUUCCGGGAGGUCUUGUAGCUUUCGAUAAUGAUGUCUUGCAAUCACUUCCAAGCUUUAAUGCUCUUCGUAUUUACUGUGCCGGUAUUUGGCAUAAUGCUGUGCUCUGUGCACUCUGCGUGUUCGCUUUGUUUCUCUUGCCUGUUAUGUUGUCUCCAUUCUACAAACACGGUGAAAGCCUCACGGUUGUGGAUGUGCCUUCUGUGUCGCCUUUGUUUGGUUACUUGUCUCCUGGAGAUGUUAUUGUGUCGUUGGAUGGUAUACAAGUUCAUAAACCUAGCGAAUGGCUUGAACUGGCAGCGAUUUUGGAUAAGGAAAACAGUGAAACAUCAAAUGCUUCCUUGUAUCUUGGAGGUUCAAGGAGAUUUCAUCACGGGAAGGGUUACUGUGUCCCUAUCUCUCUGAUUGAAGAAGGGUUGAAAGGAAAUAUGGUUGAGAACCAAUUUGUUUGCCCCGGUGAUCUCACUGCAUUUCGAACAAUGCCAUGCUCAAAUGCAGCCCUGAGAGAGGUUUCUGUUUGUUUGGAUGCAAAGGAUAUCGUCAAGCUUAGCAAAUGUGGUGAUGGAUGGGUGACAACAUCAGACACCGAUAACAAAAGUGACUGCGUAUGUCCACAGGGUGAUUCGUGUUUACAAGCAAUGCAAUCUCCAGGCGUAUCAUGGACAGAGAUCACCUAUAAAAAAACCUCAUCAAAGAAUUGUUCUAGACUUGGUCUCGAUUUUAAUACCUCAAAUUGUCUUGGCACGUUUGUUUUUGUUGGUGAUCUGAUUGCCAUGUCACAUUCAGUUCAUUUAACCGCAUACCAACCUCGUUGGCUAUUUAACUUCUUUGGAAAGUCCUUCCCGGAUAUCCUAGAAAGAAGCUUGACCUGCACAUUCCAUGUCUCUCUUGCGCUAGUUCUUCUGAACAGCUUACCGGUGUAUUACCUUGAUGGUGAAUCAAUUUUAGAGUCCAGUCUCCAGUCUUUCACUUGGUUUAGCCCAAGAAAGAAGAAGAAAGCUCUUCAACCCGAGGUCUUGAAUCCCAAAUCUUUACAACAUGAUUGUUCCAUAGUUAGAGGGGAGUGCCUUGAUCCUGGAGUUGAUCCAACUGCACUCAGCGGGUUACAGUAACCAAACAAGAAUCAUGGAAACAUAGGAUCAUGUUGGGAUUGUUCAUGUUUGAUCUCACUGUAGAUAUAGUUGUAUAGCAUCUAAAUUAGUUCCAUACUGUGGAUCCACACCUCCUUUUGUUGAUUUGAUGGUUCACAAUUUUAUGAUGAAUCACCUUUGAUCUUUUUUGUUUUAUACAUGUGCCAAUUUCGGUUUAGCCAAACCGAAAUUGUACCAAAUUUUAGCUGAACAUAAAAUUGAACCCGUAAU